AUGGCAGCUCAUGAUCACCAGCAAGGACUACAGAAGACAAGAACAACAACAACAACGGCAACAACAAUGAUUCCCAUGAUUACAGCGAGUGUUGCGGGUGGAGAAGUGUCUCUGGUAGUGGGUGGUUCCCGUGCCGGGCUGGUGAAGAGCCGGGUGAAGACUAUAGUUGGUGCUGGUGGUGUUGCUGUGGUGCUGAAUGUGGGCUCGCAGUGGAAGCAGUUGGUAGCGGAGUUUGGCGAUGAGAGCGGUGUGCACCUGCUGGACAGGGACUUCCAGUUGCGGGACUUGACCACGCUUGGCAGGGCUGUUACUGCGAAGGUAGUGGACCGAGUGUUUGUUAACUUGCCCCUGGAAGAAGACCACAAGGUCAAGUACAUCUACGAGCAGUGUGUGAGACUCAGGAUUCCGAUCAACACUUUCCACAGGCCCGAGUACUCCACUUUCAACAUGAUCCCCACGUAUGUGGACCCCAAGGGCAGCGGGCUGCAGAUUGCUGUGACCACGAACGGGAACGGGUACUUGCUGGCGAACCGGAUCAAGCGCGAGAUCGUGAGCCACUUGCCCGCUAACAUCUCCGAGGUGGUCACUAACAUGGGCGCCCUGAAGGACAGAAUCAUCAACGAGGACAUGAAGGUGCUGCUGAAGGAGAGAUACUUGGCCACUGACCUGGCGUCGCCCGCAGUCGGGUACGGUCUCGACGAGGACGGCUGGGAGAGCCACAAGUUCAACAGACUGAUCCACGAAUUCGAUAUGACAGAGAGAGAACAACGUGAGAAAAGGGUGAGAUGGCUAUCGCAGGUGAUGGAGUACUAUCCAUUGACCAAGUUGGCAGACGUCACCAUGGAGACGUUGGAAGGCCACUCUCACACUGCAAGGACACAACAGAGCUCCAAACAGCAAUCAAGCACAGACUCUUUGCAACAAGCGCAAGACAGCAAUAGCACUACCGAUUCGAAUGUUGGUAACCAUGUAGAUAAGAAACCCAAAAUUUCACCAGAUCCAAAGGCAUCGGAAACAAAGAAAGGCAGCAUCUCAUUGGUGGGAAGUGGGCCUGGCUCACUCUCAAUGCUUACUUUGGGUGCUCUGAACGAAAUAAAAACCGCGGACGUAAUCCUGACCGACAAACUGGUGCCACAGACCGUUCUGGAUAUAAUACCAAAGGAUACCGAGACGUUCACCGCCAGGAAAUUCCCAGGGAAUGCUGAAAGAGCUCAGGAAGAACUCUUGGAAAAGGGCCUAGAGUAUCUAUCACAAGGUAAAAAAGUCGUUAGGUUAAAGCAAGGUGACCCAUAUAUCUUCGGUAGAGGUGGUGAAGAAUACAAUUUCUUCAAUGCACAUGGCUACGAACCUUCUGUGCUACCGGGACUAAGUUCUGCCUUGGCUGCUACCGUGGUGUCAAAGAUCCCUGCUACACAAAGAGCAGUAGCUGACCAAGUUCUGAUUUGCACAGGUACAGGAAGAAAGGGUGCGCUCCCAGAAGUCCCUGAGUAUGUCAAGACAAGAACCACUGUGUUCCUGAUGGCUCUACACAGAGUAGACGUGCUUGUGAAGGUACUUCUAGAGAAGGAAUGGGACCCCGAGGUCCUCGUGGCCGUGGUGGAGAGAGCUUCAUGCCCAGACCAAAGAAUAACAAGAACUAAAUUGAAGUAUCUCCCAGCAGUAGUCGAAGAGAUAGGCUCGCGUCCCCCAGGACUGUUGGUAAUCGGCCAAGCUGCAGGUGUUCUCCUACCUGAAAGCUCAGUAUCGUUUAAUGACUCAAACAAAUACCACAUCGACGAGGGCUACAGAGCCUUUGAGUUGGACGUUAACCAGUUGAUCCCAGCAUAA